AUGAGACGGCCGGGGAGCGGCAGCCGACUCAUUGGGGAAUCCAAACUGAGGCUCAUCCUCGUCGGUAAGAGUGGAGGUGGGAAAAGUGCAACAGGAAACACCAUCCUUGGGCAGGAGAAGUUUGAGUCGGUACUGGAGGCAACACCCGUUACUCAGACAUGUAGUGAAGGUAGCAGGACCUGGAAUGGAAGGCAGGUUGUGGUUAUCGACACGCCUGCUAUUUUUGACACCAAGGACGCUGAUGAACAAACCACCCAUGAGAUCGGUCGCUGUAUGGAGCUCUCCUUCCCAGGCCCCCAUGCUCUGGUGCUGGUGACCCAGCUGGGCCGUUUCACUGACGAAGACCAGCGCGCCGUGAAGAGAGUAAAAAAGAUUUUUGGUCCCAAGGCACUGAUGUACACAAUCGUCUUAUUCACCCGCAGAGAAGACUUACAGAGUGGAACUCUGGAGGAGUAUAUCUCCCACCCGGAGAACAAACAGCUUCUGCAGCUGAUCAAACAGUGUCAGGGGCGAUACUGCGCUUUCAGCAAUAAAGCUACAUGGGCGGAACGCGCUGCCCAGGCUGACGAACUGAUGACUAAGAUUGCUCGUAUGGUGGCGGAGGAGAAUAAAGACCAUCUGGUGUGUAAAGCUCCUGAGAGGCUUCUAAAAGAAGAUGAGACAGAUAAACGUAAAAAGAAGAUGGGCGAAGUGGAAGAUGAAAUGCAAGUGGAUAGACAGGAAGGAGCUCAAGGGGAAGAGCACUCAUCCAGGAAACCAGCAGGGCCGGGGAGCGGCAGCCAACUCACUGGGGAAUCCAAACUGAGGCUCAUCCUCGUCGGUAAGAGUGGAGGUGGGAAAAGUGCAACAGGAAACACCAUCCUUGGGCAGGAGAAGUUUGAGUCGGUACUGGAGGCAACACCCGUUACUCAGACAUGUAGUGAAGGUAGCAGGACCUGGAAUGGAAGGCAGGUUGUGGUUAUCGACACGCCUGCUAUUUUUGACACCAAGGACGCUGAUGAACAAACCACCCAUGAGAUCGGUCGCUGUAUGGAGCUCUCCUUCCCAGGCCCCCACGCUCUGGUGCUGGUGACCCAGCUGGGCCGUUUCACUGACGAAGACCAGCGCGCCGUGAAGAGAGUAAAAAAGAUUUUUGGUCCCAAGGCACUGAAGUACACAAUCGUCUUAUUCACCCGCAGAGAAGACUUACAGAGUGGAACUCUGGAGGAGUAUAUCUCCUACCCGGAGAACAAACAGCUUCUGCAGCUGAUCAAACAGUGUCAGGGGCGAUACUACGCUUUCAGCAAUAAAGCUACAUGGGCGGAACGCGCUGCCCAGGCUGACGAGCUGAUGACUAAUAUUGCUUAUAUGGUGACGGAGGAGAAUAAAGACCAUCUGGUGUGUAAAGCUCCUGAGAGGCUUCUAAAAGAAGACGAGACAGAUAAAUGUAAAAAGAAGAUGGGCGAAGUGGAAGAUGAAAUGCAAGUGGAUAGACAGGAAGGAGCUCAAGGGGAAGAGCACUCAUCCAGGAAACCAGGGAAAUCCUAUAGGAAAAAAACAACCCUGCAGACAGAAGAAAACAAAAACGCGAUAAAUCAACCCCUGGAGGAUCUAUCACUGCUCACCGACCCCAGCAGGUCGUCCACCAACCCACUGUUCCAGGUGCUUGAUGAUCAGGAUUGA